AUGCUAGCUACUAGAUUAAGUCACAUAAACUUCAUCAACAGAACUGUAUCCUCAUCACUUAAGAUAUCAAUAUCAUCACUUCCUUCAGCUUAUUUGAGUCAAAGAAGUUAUUCGACAGAAAAUGAAGGAACCAAAGUGAAGUUAAGUGCCGCAGAGGAACUAAAAAAGAAUUGGGAACCAAUUUAUAGGUUUCCAAAGAUUAAGACAGUUUCGUCAGUCAUGAAAUUGAAGAAUUAUCAACUUACAGCGACUGUUUUUGGACUUCCAGCAGCUUAUUACUUCUUUGCUGAUUUUAAUAAUUUACUGGUUGUUGGAUACACUGGAACAUCCUUAGUAUUGACAUUGAGCUUUAUCAGCUACUUGCUGAAGAACUCUGUCGGUUUUAUUUAUGUGAACAAAAAAGACAGUGAAUUAGUUCGAAUAGCAUACCUAAACUUUUGGGGCGUUAGAAGAGACAGUGAAAUUAAGAUUAAAGAUAUUGUGCCAUUUUCGGACCUACCAAACAGCAUAGCUAGUAAAUUCUACACAAAUCUGAAGUUUAAUGGGCAUGAAGACCUAAAAAUGCUGUCUAAGGAAGUAGAAAUAUUAGAUUAUGACAAUUUCUCUCGCAUUUUUGGUGAAUAA